UCUGCGCAUCGCCCUUUUACACUUUCACUUAUGAGCUUUGUUUUCUCCAUCACAAAGCAAACCAACACAAACAAAAAGCCCACCAAUUAGUUAAUCAAAUCUCUCUCGCCGCUACUCUCUCCGCUCUGCCGCCGGUUAUCACUCCGGAACGUCUCUCAGAUCCGUCCGGUGAAUCUUGGCCAUUUGAUUUCCCAAUCUCACAAAUAUUUUAUUUUCUUUCUAAAUCUGAAGGGAUUUGGAGUUUGUGUUCCAGAAAGAAAAAAAAGAAAACUGUAGUUGGAAUGAUGUGCAAAUGAGACAUUAUUGGAAAUGUUAUUUGCAGCAGAAGGAGGAGGAUUCUUCUCUUCAUCAGCUUCUGGGUAUAGCAAUGGUUUAGCUCUUCUUCUAUUAGGUCAGAAGAAUGAACAAAAGCCUGUCAAGGUGUCAUCAUCACAAUGGAACCAUUAUCAUUUGGUAGUUGAAGAAUCUAAUACCGGGUUUCGGUUAGAUUCGUCUAAGAACUGGCUCUCCUCUGCCUGCACUUCUCUUAUAUGUUUUGGUCGCAAAUCCGAAAGACCGGAUAAUCCAUCUCCUAUCCGAGUCAGUCCUUCUUCUAACUCUUCAGUUUAUCAUGAGGGGAAGAAGGAUCAGGCACCUAGUGUGGAGUAUAAUUGUGAAGUCACUAAUAGGUUUGCACUUAAGAGCAGUUUGAAGAAAAGAUCAUUUAGUGAUGUUGUUAUUGGUGAUGAUGAUGUGAGUAGAGAUGGUGUGGUGGAUCAUACAGAUAGAAGGAAAGUGCAAUGGCCUGACACUUGUGGUAUUGAGAUUGCUGAGGUCAGAGAGUUUGAGCCUAGUGAAGUAGGUGAAUCAGACGAUGAGUUCCAUCAUGGAAGUGGUAAGAGCUGUAUGUGCACAAUCAUGUGAAGUCACCUUCUUCAAGAGCUUUCAUUAUAGUUUGUGGUAGAUGCUCUUUUCUCUUGUUCAGUGCACCUUUGUUAUUUUAUAUAUAUAGCGAGUAAGUGAGAGAUGAGACAGGUGACAGGAGAGAGAGAGAUGGUUUGCAAAAGAUUGGAUAAGAAGAACUUUUGGAUGUGUACCUUUGUAGCCACUUGAUUUGUCAAUUUUGAGCUGUAUUUUAGAUUAUUCAAAUGUACAACAUCUCUAUGCUACUCUGUCCUGUAAUGAUAAAAUCCACACCACAACUUUUUGGAGUAGAAUAUCCCAAUUAAUAUAAAUCCAAUGUUUAAUC